AUGGCUAGCAAGCAAGAGACAGGUGACUCUCCCGCGAAGGGAGUUGGUCCUUUGUACCGUCCCGAUGGCGAGAAGCCUACUGCGACUGUCUCAAAGGACGUCUCCUAUGAGAAUGUCCAUGUGCUGCCUCAAACACCGCAGUUGAUUGCUCUCUUGACGAUGAUCCGUGACCACCGCACUAGCCGUGCCGAUUUCAUCUUCUAUUCUAACCGCAUCAUCCGCUUGCUGGUCGAGGAAGGCUUGAACCACCUGCCCGUUGUUGAGCAGUCCAUCACCACUCCCGUUGGACGGUCCUACCUUGGUGUCAAGUUCGAAGGAAAGAUCUGUGGUGUGUCUAUCAUGCGUGCUGGUGAGGCUAUGGAGCAGGGUCUGCGUGAUUGCUGCCGCUCCGUUCGAAUUGGAAAAAUUCUCAUUCAGCGCGACGAGGAGACUUGCAUGCCCAAGCUCUUUUACGAUAAGCUGCCCACCGACAUUGCUGAGCGCUGGGUUCUUCUCCUUGACCCCAUGUUUGCCACUGGCGGCUCUGCCACUCUGGCUGUCGAGACUCUGAUGGAGCGAGGUGUUCCCGAGCACCGCAUUCUCUUCCUCAACCUUAUUGCCAGCCCAUCUGGUGUUGCUGAGUUUGCCGAGAGGUUCCCCAAGCUCCGUGUUGUGACCUCUUUCAUCGACCAGGGACUGGAUGAGAAGAAGUAUAUUAUCCCCGGUCUGGGUGAUUUCGGUGACCGAUACUACACUAUGUAA